UGUCCUGCUGCCUUCUGGGCAAGUGCAGGACCGGCGGACCGGGCUCUCCCCACCCCCCCCACCACUCGAGCGCACCAUGGUGUACACCGCCGCCCAGUCUGCGCCGCCCAGUGACCUGGAGGCGCCGCUGGCAGCACCACCGCUGGAAAAGGCGAAGACGACCACCGUGCUGCACCCCUUCGCCCACCAGGUGGGGGGCCACACGCAGCUCAUGGUGCUGGACCGGAGCACCCUCUGCAAGCCCCUCAUCCAGAGGGAGCUCCACUUCUACCUGAACGUGCCCAGGGACAUGAGGAGCUUCGUGCCCAAGUACAAAGGAGCUGUUCAAGUACAGCAGAUGGACAAUAGCCCUACCAUUUUUCAUCCUGUGAGGGGGCACAAGAAGCACUAUGAAAAUUGUGAUGAGAAAAACAACCAUGUUCAAAAACAUAAAACAUCACCUGAAUUGAGAGUUCAAAUUCAUUCCUGCAGUGACAAAAAACUUAUAAAAGAUGAGCAUUUGCGGCAAAUCUACAGUAGACCAAGCCCUAGAUAUUUUUUGUUGCUAGAAAAUGUUACGUCUAACUUUCACCAGCCAUGCAUCUUAGAUCUGAAAAUGGGCACCCGCAUGCAUGGGGAUGAUGCUUCACCAGAUAAGCGUACUCGCCAGAUGGCAAAAUGUGCAGCCAGCACCUCUGCUCGACUGGGAGUGAGACUGUGUGGCAUGCAGGUAUAUCAAGCCAGCUUCGACGGCUACAUCUGCAAAGACAAAUACUACGGCCGCGGGCUGGACGAGAGCGGCGUCCGGAGCGCCCUCUUCCAGUUCUUCCACAACGGCCUGCACCUGAGGGUGACGAUCAUCCGCAAGAUCAUCGGCUGCCUGAUCGAGCUGCGGAAGGCCAUCGAGAAGCAGACCACCUUCCGCUUCUACUCCAGCUCCCUGCUGCUCCUCUACGAGGGUUGCGACAGGAAGGACGAGGAAGACGACGACGAGGAGGAGGAGAGCUUCUUCGGCGACGCGGAAGAGUUCGGCGGGAUGCUGGUGGACGACGAGUCUUCCCUGGAAAGCAGCAACGACUCCUGCUCAGCAUCGGCAUCCCUCUCGUGGCUCUCCUCGCACAAGAGGUCCAUCGAGAGCAGGCGCUGCAAGCAUCCCCACGGGCCUGACGUGGACGUGCGGAUGAUAGACUUUGCCCACACCACCUACGAGGGCUACGACGGGGACACCACCGUGCACAGCGGCCCUGACACGGGCUACCUGCUGGGGCUGGACAGCCUCAUACGACUGCUCAGAGAAGUGGAGAACCUGAGCAGCACGGUGGAGAAGAAGUGAGGGAUUUCGACCGCAGAGGCUCCGAGGGCCACGGAUUUCCGCGAGACGUCGCGAUGACCCGUUUCGUGGGAAGUUCAGAUUUUCACAGUCACGAUGGGUCAAAACAUGCCUCUAAACUAGUUUAUUCAUCGAUGAUAUGAUAUUCUUAACUGCGAGUUUUGGAAUUAAAUAAGUAAUUUUGCUGCUCAUCCUGCCGUGCCAUGCCCGAAGGUAGCCCGGCUCAAAAUGAGGUUUUAAAGUUUUAUGCCUCCAUAUACUUGAUUCAAACGACAAUAUUUCCCAUUCAUAAAUGACCACAGAACAUUGCAUUUAAGUAAAUUAGGUUGCAUAUAACCACCUCGUAACUAUAACUACAGUUUGAUAUGACUUCGGUGCUUGGCACGGUAGCAUUGCAUUUAGUGUUUCCCAAAACCACUGAGAAUUUUCAUGGUCACUCUCGAAAUCUGUUACAAUAAGAGG